AUCCCAUUCCUUCCACACCAGUCCGCUAUCUCCUACGUUGCCUUUCUCGAAAGGCUCCGACUUUGUUUGAUUCCGACGCUAUCGCACUGCUGCUAGGUUUUCUUGAUUUUGAAUUCGAACACUGAUUUGGGGUUGAGGAGCAAUGGCUAUUGCGGCCCCUGGGCAGCUGAACCUUAACGAGUACCCUUCAUGGGGAUCCAGAAGUGUUGAUUGCUUCGAAAAGUUGGAGCAGAUUGGCGAGGGAACUUAUGGCCAAGUUUACAUGGCUAGAGAAAUCAGAACAGGUGAAAUUGUUGCUUUGAAGAAAAUAAGAAUGGACAAUGAGAGAGAGGGGUUUCCUAUUACUGCUAUUCGUGAAAUCAAAAUUCUGAAAAAAUUACACCAUGAAAAUGUUAUUAAGUUGAAGGAGAUAGUGACAUCACCAGGCCCUGAGAAAGAUGAGCAAGGGAAGCCAGAUGGAAACAAAUAUAAAGGUGGUAUUUAUAUGGUAUUCGAAUACAUGGACCAUGAUUUGACUGGUCUUGCUGAUCGACCUGGGAUGAGAUUUACAGUUCCCCAAAUCAAGUGUUACAUGAGACAGCUUUUGACGGGUCUUCAUUAUUGCCAUGUGAAUCAAGUACUUCAUCGUGAUAUAAAAGGAUCCAAUCUUCUUAUAGACAAUGAAGGCAAUCUGAAGCUUGCAGAUUUCGGACUUGCACGAUCAUUUUCUAAUGACCACAAUGCAAAUCUUACAAAUCGUGUGAUCACAUUAUGGUAUAGACCCCCAGAGCUGCUGCUGGGAACAACAAAGUAUGGACCUGCUGUUGAUAUGUGGUCUGUUGGAUGUAUUUUUGCUGAGCUUCUCCAUGGCAAGCCUAUCUUCCCUGGAAAAGAUGAGCCAGAACAACUAAACAAAAUUUUUGAGCUUUGUGGAGCACCAGAUGAAGUGAACUGGCCUGGGGUUUCUAAGUGUCCAUGGUAUAAUCAGUUCAAACCCACAAGACCAAUGAAAAGACGGCUGAGGGAAGUCUUCAGGCAUUUUGAUCGCCAUGCUUUAGAAUUGCUGGAGAGGAUGUUGACACUUGAUCCUGCUCAGGUACAUCGCCUAUCAUAGUUCUGAUCUGAUUUUGGAGCUUUAAAAGC